AUGGCCACAGGAAGUAAGAAGAAGAGCGUGCAAACCCGAAUCUCCACGAUGGCGGUGGGGGAAAGUAAUGCUAGCAGUGCCAAGGCUAGCCCUGCUAGCCAAGAAGAAGGGCCAGAGAUGGAUAUAAGCGGUCUGUUUGCCGAAAUGACUAAGCUUGGAGCGAUUCUAAAUAAUGUUGCGGCCGAUGUAUCUCACAUCAAGUCAGACAUGGUGGAAUUUAAAAACGCUAUAAGUGCAAUCCAAACACGGAUGACCGAAGCUGAGGGCCGCAUCUCAGAUGUGGAAGACAAAAUGAGGAGCAUAACAGAGGAUAAUGGCAAAAAAGCUAAAAAGCUUGAACAACUAUGGGCCCCAGUAGACGACCAGGAAAACAGAAACCGCAGAAAGAAUGUUCGGCUUAUCGGUCUGGAAGAGGGUUUGGAAAGUGGUGGCAACAUAAAUGAUUAUGUGAUGAAGAUACUCGCGGAUGGCCUAGGUCUACAAGGGGAGGAAUAUGAGUUGGAAAGAUGUCAGAGAAGAGGCAGAGAAAUUUGUACGUCAGAACCUCCAAGAAGUGGUGGAGUAAGGGAUUUAUCCUUCUUUGAAAAAGCCCUCAAGUUAUACCCCACACAGCAAAAGGAAGCCGCAGGUAUUCAGCAGAAGACACAUCUCGGUUUACUGCUUGUGGACAAAGGACAGCUCAAAGAGAAGCUUGUGUCAUCUUCCCUCCGAAAUCUGGAGGUCAUCAAUCACAUGCUCACCCAACUUGCUAAGAGGAAAGUAGAUGCCAUAGUGACUGAAGUUUGUGAGGCCGAAGUUAAACUAGGGUUCGUCCCUCUAACUACAGCUCAGCUGGCUGACUUUCUCACAUUUGUGGAUGAGAUUCAAGAGAGGAUUAUAGAAAUAAAAGAUGAGCAGAAAUCAGUAUCCAAAAUGUACGAUCUGAUCAACAUGUACUCAGUUCCCACACCACCAGAAGAUCUUGUGAAGUUUGCCGCACUGGAACCCUUCAUUGAGUCGUUAAGCUCUGUCACGCUAAAGGCAGUGCUACAGCGGAAUGGUACUAUGGAAAAGUUUUGCAGCUGCUUGCAGAAGGAUAUAAAAGAACUCAAACAGGAGGACAUGAAAAUCCACCUUAAAUUGCAGGAUCCACAAAUUCUAGACAUCAAUGCUGAUUCAUCAGAAGUGCAUCUGCUGUUGAGGGAGAUCAAGAUUUCCAUAGAAAAGCUACAGGCCAAAGCAUCCAGCUGCAUAGCCUACCAGAAGAAAUUUAAGAUGGAGGUGACCAAAUUUGAGUCAUUGGAGCAGCUAACGGCAAUGUUCAAGCUAAUGCAGUUGCUCUGGACCUCUCUGGAGCAAUGGGACCCUUUACAGAAUGGAUGGCAGCAGUCUGUAAUUUAUAUGGACGUGUCAGGAGACACAGCUGCUGUAGAGGACGCUGAACGACCCUCCGUCCUUUCGCCUGCCGGGUCCGGGACGGCUCCCGGAUCUGGUCGGUCCAGCUGCCUGCGGUCUCCGUUUUCAGCCGCGGAGCCGACCCUGCUGCUGGCGCUGCUGACGACUAGCUGUGGGGUUCGUGGUGUGUAUAAAGCCCACCUGUCCACAGAAUCAAUGUCUUCCAUUCCAACCUCUCCACCAACACUAGAGCUAUCAAGGGAAAUCAGGGAAAGGUUUGUAGACCUGCACAAUGGAGUGGGCUUCAAAUCCAUCAGCAAGAACCUUGUCUGUAGACCAGGGGCGAUUUUAGCCCAUUUUGGGGGGUUCUUCUGGAAGGAGAUCCAGGAAAUGACCAUUACAGCAGCAUGUGCUCCUCCAGGAGGGGGGUGAAAUCCUGUGACCCCCAGAUUUAUUCGCCACUUCAGCAUGUUGUGCCUGCCAACACCCUCGGACACCAGCCUCAAACAGAUCUUCAAAGCUAUACUGAAUGGUUUCCUUAGUGAGUUUUCCCAGGCAGUGAAGGACUGUGCCGGACACAUUGUGGAUGCAGCUGUGGAGAUUUAUAACCGUUUAAGUGUGGAUCUGCUGCCCACCCCAGCCAAGUCCCACUAUGUUUUUAAUCUCCGGGACCUCUCCAAGUGUGUCCAAGGCAUACUGCAGUGUGAGCCAAGUCAAGUAAGAGACAAGAACCAGAUCUUCCGCCUUUUCUGCCAUGAACGCCAGCGCGUAUUUCAUGACCGACUCAUCAACACCCAAGAUAAGACCCACUUCAACACCAUCGUCUGUGAGAUGGCCAGGCGAUAUUUUGACAUCCACUUAGAGUCUUCACAUUUUGUGUCUCAUCCCAUAAUAUUUGGGGACUUCAUCAAGAUGCAUGCAGACAAAGAAGAUCACCUGUAUGAAGACCUGACAGAGAUGAAUAAGAUCCAGACUGUACUUCAGGACUAUCUUGAUGAUUACAACAUGACCUUCUCGAAGGAGAUCAAGCUGGUUUUCUUCCAGGAUGCCAUUAAACAUAUCUCCAGGAUUGCUCGUAUGAUUCGCCAGGAGCGAGACAAUGCCUUGUUAGUCGGGGUGGGAGGUACAGGCAAGCAGUCACUCACUCGCUUGGCAGCGCACAUGUGUGGGUACCGCUGCUUUGAGACUGAAUUGAGCAGAGGUUACAACUAUGACAGCUUCCAUGAAGACUUGAGGAGGCUCUACAAGAUGGCCGCUGUGGAGGGCAAAGAUAUGGUUUUCCUCUUUACAGAUACUCAGACUGUAGUAGAAGAAUUUUUGGAGAAUAUAAACAACAUGCUAAACUCUGGUGAGGUGCCUAACCUUUUUGAAAAAGACGAGCUAGAACAAGUACUUGCUGCUACCUGCCCUAUAGCCAUAGAGGCUGGAAUCAGUGAAGAGAACAGGGAUGAGGUGUUUCAGUUUUUCAUCUCCCGUGUACAAGAAAAACUGCACAUUGUGCUGUGUAUGAGCCCUGUGGGCGAUGCUUUCAGGUCCCGAUGUCGCAUGUUGCCUUCACUGGUUAACUGCUGCACUAUUGACUGGUUUGUGCAGUGGCCCCGGGAGGUGCUGCUCUCUGUCUCUGAGGCCUUUUUCCAGAAUGUGGACUUUGGCAAUGAGAAGCUAAAACAGAACAUCUCUGCGAUGUGUGUCGAGAUACAUGUUAGUGUCACUGAAAUGGCUGAGCGCUUCUACUUAGAGCUGAGACGCCGGUACUACACCACACCUACCUCCUAUCUAGAGCCUAUCAACCUCUACCUAAGCAUUCUUGGGAACAAGAGACAGCAGUUAGUUCUGGCCAGGGAUCGUGUAAAGAAUGGUGUCACUAAGCUGCUGGAGACCAAUGAGCUUGUAGACAAAAUGAAGGUGGACCUUUCUGCUCUGGAGCCAGUCCUCAAACAAAAAUCUACUGAUGUUGAUGCCCUCAUGGAGAAGUUGGCUGUAGAUCAAGACAAGGCUGAUGAGGUACGUAAAGUAGUAAAAGAAGAUGAGGCACUGGCCCGAGUUAAGGCUGAAGAAACCCAGGCCAUUGCAGAUGAUGCACAGAGGGACUUAGAUGAGGCUCUGCCAGCUUUAGAGAGUGCCAACCAGGCCCUCAGAUCUCUUCACAAGGCUGACAUCUCUGAGAUCAAGGUGUUCACUAAACCCCCAGCCCUAGUGAUGACUGUCAUGGAGUCUGUCUGCAUCUUGCUUGAUUGCAAACCAGACUGGCUAAGUGCCAAGCAAUUACUGGGCGAUCCCAACUUUCUCAGACGUCUGACAGAAUAUGACAAGGACAAUAUCAAACCUAGGAUCCUGCUGAAACUACAGAAAUACAUCAACGACCCUAAUUUCAUGCCUGAAAAGGUGGAAAAGGUAUCAAGGGCGUGCAGGUCCAUGUGCAUGUGGGUCAGAGCUAUGGAUCUUUACUCUAGAGUCUUCAAAGAGGUUGGCCCCAAGAGAGAAAAACUGGCCAAGGCACAGGAAGAGCUGGAUGUGACCAUGGCAACCCUAAAAGAGAAGCAGAAGCUUCAGGAGGUGGAGAACCAGAUCAAGGUCCUGGAGGAGCAGUUUGAUAGCAGCAUGAACGAGAAAGAAGAUUUGGUUAAUACGAUGGCUCUGACACAGGCCCGUCUGAUCAGGGCAGGGAAGCUAAUGUCCGCUCUUGGUGACGAACAAGUACGCUGGGAAGAAAGUGUAGCCCUGUUUGAGCAAGAGAUCAUCAAUGUUGUGGGAAAUGUCUUCAUUGCAGCUGCUUGUGUGGCAUAUUAUGGCGCAUUUACUUCCCACUAUAGACAGCUGCUAAUUGAUCAGUGGAUAACGCAGUGCCAGAACCUGAACAUCCCAAUCAGUUCCACUUUUAGCCUGAUUAACAUUCUUGGUGAUCAAUAUGUCAUCCGCCAGUGGAAUGCAGAAGGUUUGCCUCGUGACACUGUUUCUACAGAGAAUGGCAUCCUGGUGACUGAGGGCCACCGGUGGCCUCUUAUGAUCGACCCACAGGAUCAGGCCAACCGAUGGAUCCGCUCCAAGGAGGCUAAACAUGGUCUAAAGGUGAUCAAGCUAACGGACUCUGGCUUCCUUCGUACCCUAGAGAAUGCCAUAAGCAUGGGUGUCCCUGUACUGCUAGAGGAGUUAAAGGAGACCCUGGAUCCAGCACUGGAGCCCGUCUUGUUGAAGCAGACGUUUGUGGCUGGCGGCCGAACAAUAAUCCGACUGGGAGACUCGGAUAUUGACUAUGACAAAAAUUUUAGGUUCUAUAUGACCACUGUUAGGAUGGCCAACCCACAUUACCUGCCAGAGGUAUGCAUCAGAGUUACAAUUAUCAACUUCACUGUCACUAAAUCUGGCUUAGAAGACCAACUUCUCAGUGAUGUGGUGCGUCUUGAGAGUCCGCAUCUUGAGGAACAGAGGAACGAGCUGAUUGUGCGCAUCAAUGCUGACCGCAGCCAGCUGAAAGAUAUUGAAGACCGCAUUCUUAAGCUUCUCUUUACCUCUAAGGGGAAUAUACUUGACAACGAGGAGCUAGUUCAGACUCUCCAGGAGUCAAAGGUGACUUCAGAGGCCAUAAAGCACCGUCUGGAGGAGGCAGAAGCAACUGAGCUGAUGAUCAACUCUGCGAGGGAGCGCUACAGGCCUGUGGCCACUCGAGGAUCUGUUUUGUACUUUGUCAUCGCCAGUCUGUCAGAGAUCGAUCCUAUGUACCAGUUCUCACUCAAGUACUUUAAACAGCUCUUUAAUUCCACCAUCGAGACAUCAGAGCAGAGUAAUGUGCUAGAAGAGCGCCUUCAGAUCCUCCUGAAUCAAAUCUUGCUAAACUCCUACAUUAAUGCGUCACGUGGACUCUUCAAGCAACACAAGCUUAUCUACAGCUUUAUGUUGUGUGUAGAAAUCAUGAGGCAGCGUGGCGAGAUCUCUGAUGGGGAAUGGUGGCACUUCCUAAGAGGAGCUUCUUCACUGAAAAAGGAGUAUCCAGAGCGACCAGAUGUGCCAUGUCUAAGUGAUUUUUACUGGCAGACAUGUUGUGAGCUGGAGGACACACUGCCUUGCCUCAAGGGAAUCUCCAAAGAAAUCACUAGAACACAUAUCCAUAUUAAGCUAGAAAAAUGUAAAGGCUAUGUGUCAGAGUUGCCUUCUCUCGAGGAGUCCAAAAAGGAGAAACAGGAGAUGAAAGGCUACUGGAAUGAGCGAUUGGGAUCUUUCCAGAAAUUAGUUCUUAUCAAGAGCUUCAUGGAAGAGAAGGUGGUUUUUGCAGCAACUGAGUUUGUGAUUGUCAACCUAGGGAAGGAGUUUGUGGAAAACCCUCCAGUUGACCUGGCUAAUCUCUAUAGUGACAUGUCCCCUACCACCCCAGUGAUCUUCAUCCUCAGCACAGGUUCUGACCCAAUGGGUGCCUUCCAGCGCUUUGCAAACGAGAGAGGGUGUCUCGACAGGGUCGAGGCUAUCUCACUGGGGCAAGGCCAGGGACCUAUAGUGGAGAAGAUGAUCCAUUCAGCGCUGACGAGUGGCAACUGGGUCUUCUUGCAGAACUGCCAUCUGGCUGUGUCUUGGAUGUUAGCCAUGGCGGAGCUCAUUAAGACCUUCACUGAGCCUGACACAUCAGUCCAUGAGAACUUCCGUUUGUUUCUCAGUUCCAUGCCGACCAAAGUAUUUCCUGUUACAGUGCUCCAGAACUCCGUUAAGGUGACUAACGAGCCUCCUAAAGGCCUGCGAGCCAACAUGCGACGAGCCUUCACAGAGAUCACCAGCAGUUUCUUUGAACACCACAUUUUGGGACGCCAAUGGAGGAAGAUUGUCUUUGGAAUCUGCUUUUUCCAUGCAAUCAUCCAGGAGCGGAAGAAGUUUGGUCCCCUGGGCUGGAACAUCCGCUACGAAUUCAAUGACAGUGACAGAGAAUGUGCUCUGCUCAACCUCAGCCUGUACUGCAAAGAUGGCACCAUUCCUUGGGAUGCUCUGGUCUAUAUCACUGAUCACAUCACAGUGACGGAUGGCUGGGACCAACGGUGCCUAAGGACAAUCCUCAAGGCUUUUUUUUCUCCAGAAACUCUGCAGCCUGGCUACACCUACUCCCCCUCAGGUAUUGUUCUUUCUGCCCUCUUUUGUAUGUGUGUGUGUGUGUGUGUGUGUGUGUGUCAUCAAGAAACUAUAACUCUGAUCAAUACCAUACUGGAUGUUAAUCCUCGUUCUUCAGCACAACAGGGAGCUAAGAGUAACGAUGACAGUCUGCAAGCUCGCCGAACUGAUUCUAGCCAAACUGCCCGUGCAGAGCGACUGGACAUGCAUGAAGCAAUUGACACACUGUUUAUCAAAGACACCAAUGGGCACCUGAACUCCCUCACAACUGUUUUGGCCCAAGAAGCAGACCGAUUCAACAACCUGCUUAAAGUUCUCAGGGUGACGUUAGAUGUCUCUUAUCACUCUGCAAAAGGUCUCGUUGUGAUGUCAGAGGAAAUGGACCGAAUCUACACAAGCUUUCUGAACAACCAAGUCCCCACCCACUGGGCAAACUCUGCCUACCCUUCCCUCAAACCGCUGUCUUCUUGGGUCAGAGACUUGACUCUCAGAACUUCCUUUAUCCAGACUUGGAUCACACGUGGUCAUCCCAAAUCACUUUGGAUCUCCGGGUUCUUCUUCCCUCAAGGCUUUCUUACUGAAGUGUUGCAGAAUCAUGCCCGGCGUUACAGUUUGCCUAUUGAUGAGCUUAAGUUCCGCUUCAGCGUGGUGCCGGCCUACAGGGAUGAGGAAGCAGUCUGUGAGGCUCUACGCAAUCUUCCCAUUGGUGCAAAACUGAACAUGGAUGAGGAGUUACCAGAGCCGCAGGACGGUGUACUUGUUCACGGCAUGUUCAUGGAUGCCUGCCGCUGGGAUGAUGUCGGCAUGGUGAUAGAUGAUGCGCUGCCUCGGGUUAUGAACACCAUGCUGCUGGUGGUGCACUUUGAGCCACAGCAGAACUACGUCCCAGAGCCUGACCUCUACCACGCUCCUCUGUACAAGACCUCAGCCAGAGCUGGCACUCUGUCCACCACAGGUCACUCAACUAAUUUUGUGGUGACAGUAAUGCUUCCCUCCAAGCGACCCAGCGACUACUGGAUAUCCAAAGCCUCCGCACUCCUGUGCCAGUUGGAUGAUUAAAUUUUUAUUCGAGGACAAAGCAGAAUUUUGAAUGGCACCAAAACAUUUGCACAAACUUGAAUUAAGUUUGUGUAAUAGCAACACAGACUGUAGUAAAACUUUCACCCUGA